GGACCCAGCAGUACAGCCGUGUGAAUAUCACAUGAUAGCUAGCCUUUUUUGGGGAGGGGGUGGGUGGAUCGUCUUCGAGGUUGCUUGCUUGGUUUAUCGAGCGACAGAUCCAACGACUAGAGAUGACAGAGUUGGAGUAACUUGUGUUAAACCUACAUUUCAAGUUAUAGAAAAAUAGUUCAACCAGGGAAAUGUCCAGGUUACACGGUAUUUAAAUCCACCACAUGGAAACAAUGGAUUCGAAGGCAAUUUUCUUACUUGUCUUUACUUGUUUAGCUGGGAAUAUACAUUUGGUUUUCGGGGCACGUUCCUUCUCCAUUGACUACAAGAACAACUGCUUUGAAAAAGAUGGGAAGCCCUUCCAGUAUAUCUCAGGCAGUAUGCAUUACUCCCGUGUCCCACACUACUACUGGAAAGACAGGCUGCAAAAGAUGUACAUGGCUGGACUCAACGCCAUUCAGACAUAUGUUCCCUGGAACUUUCACGAGGAACAGCAGGGUGUUUAUAACUUUUCUGGGCAUCGAGAUCUGGAACACUUCCUAGAUCUAGCCAAUCAGACAGGACUCCUUGUGAUUCUACGGCCUGGACCUUACAUCUGUGCAGAGUGGGAGAUGGGUGGUCUUCCAGCUUGGUUACUCCAGAAGCCAAACAUUGUACUUCGCUCAGCUGAUACCGACUACCUGGGGGCAGUGAAUUCCUGGAUGGCUGUUCUCUUGCCAAAGAUGAAGAGAUGGCUCUAUACGAACGGAGGCAACAUCAUCAGUGUGCAGGUGGAGAAUGAGUAUGGCAGCUACUACGCGUGUGACUACAACUACAUGCGUCACCUGAGGACCCUGUUCCAGUUGUUCCUGGGGGAAAACACGGUUCUCUUCACAACCGAUGGGAACACGGACAAGGAGAUGACCUGUGGAAGCCUGGAGGGAAUGUAUGCCACUAUAGACUUUGGGACAGACACCAAGAUCUCCCAAGCCUUCAGUAGGCAGAGAAGAUUUGAACCGAGAGGUCCUCUGGUCAACUCUGAGUUCUACACUGGGUGGUUGGAUCACUGGGGGGACCAGCAUGCUGAGGUGGACACCCAGAAGGUCAGCACCAUGCUGGGGGAGAUGCUCUCCAUGGGGGCCAGCGUCAACAUGUACAUGUUUGAAGGAGGGACCAACUUUGGCUACUGGAAUGGAGCAGACCAUGAUAACAGGUUCAGAUCAGUUGUAACCAGUUACGACUACAAUGCCCCUCUGUCCGAAGCAGGAGACCCCACAGAGAAACUACUGACCAUACAGGACACCAUCCGCAAGUUCAGGGAAAUCCCAGAGGGUCCGAUGCCUCCUGCCUCAUCCAAGAUGGCCUACGGCUUUGUGACUCUGACCAUGGUGGGGGAACUCAACAGGCUGUUGGACACACUGUGCCCUCAGGGUCCUGUCAAAUCUCAAUACCCUCUGUCCUUUGAAGAGAUGAAGCAGUUUUACGGCUUCAUGUUGUACCGAACCAAGCUGCCCAGAGACCUCCCAGAGAACACAGCCCUCAUCUCUCCUCUGAAUGGUGUUCGUGACAGGGCGUACGUCUCAGUCAAUGGGGUGUUUCAGGGAAUUCUGGAGAGAGACGUGACCCUGGUGAUGAACAUAACCGGGAAGCAGGGUGAUCAGAUCGAUGUUCUAGUGGAGAACAUGGGACGGGUUAAUUUCGGCAGCAAAAUCAAUGACCGCAAGGGCCUGUUGACCCACCUGAUCCUGGGUAUGGACGUGCUGAAGGACUGGCUGAUCUUCCCACUGAACAUCGACGAAGCCAUUGCCUCCGGAUGGCCCCAGUCAGGCAUGCGCCGGUCUACGCCGACCCCAAUCAGAGGGCCCUCCACUGGGCCAGUGUUCUACCAGGGCACCCUGGCUCCCAACGGCCUGGCCUGGGACACCUUCCUCAGGCUCACCGACUGGACCAAGGGCCAGGUGUGGAUCAACGGAGUGAACCUGGGCAGGUACUGGCCUAAGAGGGGCCCCCAGCAGACCCUGUAUGUCCCAGGGCCCCUGCUCAGCCCCACCCAACCCAACAAUAUCACAGUUCUGGAGCUGGAGGGAGCGCCUCCUCACACCAGGGUGGUCUUCUUGGACAGGCCCCAACUCAGCAGCACUGCCAGCGGGACAUGACACCUCAGAUAACCCACCUUCAAACCACAGACUGGUGACAGACAGAUCAGGACACUCUUAGGCAUCCAAUCCUGUGCAAGGAAGACAUGAAACUACAGCUACAACCAGCCAAUCAAUCCCUCCGAAUAUGUUUUCUGUCCAAUGACAUUUCUGCUUUAUAUGAUUAAUUCACUCCAGUCAAUCAAUCAGUGUAUCAGUUCAUAUCCUGUAUCAAUCAGUUGAAUCUUUUCAAGAGUGACUUAGUCAGUUUUAAAUUGCUGAACCAGAUCUGUGUUGCAAGCAGCACAUGGUGAAGUCUCCUCCAAGGAAACAAGGAUGGUCUUCAGUGUUCAGGAAGGCAGAGGACAAUGUGAUGGUGCUCACUGUUCUGAUGUGGUUUAUCUAAUUAGUUGCUGUGCUUCUACUGCCUGAUUCUGUAAAUGUUUUUGCACAUUUUACAAUGAAUAUUAUAAUAAAGCAAUUAAGUGUUGUGUA